CGUCAGUAUUCUAAAACUCCAACCAAUAAUGCUGUAUCCUACUUUUUAGGAGAGCUAAUCUUAAGCAAACAACGUUUUCUUACAACGAGGACCUUUACGGUGCAGCUGGCGUGUCCGAGCUUGCCACUGAUUUCACCGACCUCGAAAGAGGAUAUAAACAUGCCUCCCCCGAGUUCAUCUCAACUUCUCGAAUACGAAUUGUGUUCCUCGCUCACCAAGAAACAUUCCAAAGCAUACAAGCCUUUCUUCGACUUUUGGUAUCGCGUCUGACUUUACAGAACGGUUAUAAAUUAUACAAGAGACCUAGGACAUCUACCUAUUCCAUCGACUCAGUCUACGGUCUAUUUAUCUUGGUAUUUACAAUCGUUCUCGAUUUCAUACGACAGUUUAGCGACCCCGACCGUAAGUCAAUCGAUCAAUAACAUGAUUAUCGACCUGAUCAGCUGACAUAUUUGUUAAGUAAACACCCUUUUCAAUCAGGUCACAUUCAUCAUGAAUCAAAUGCUGGACUUUGACUUCGAUUACUCGGUUCCCGAAAUGGCGGAUGUCUUGACCACAUCUACAACCUCUACUACAGCCCCUGACAAUCUCGAGAAGCUCAAGAAGCGGAACGAGGAGCUGGAACAGGUUAACUCCGAGUUGCUUGGCCUACUCAAGAGUUUCAAGGAUGAGAUGAAUGAACUGAAAGAGAACCUGGAGAGUACCAAACAGGAGAUCAAGUCUACCCGAACCCACAACGCCCGGUUGCAAGGCGAGAUAUCGAGUUUGGGCAAGCGACGCCGUACAGCUGUCAAGACAAAAAGCAAGGAUUUGGAGCUUUCCCAAGCCGCCGAGAUCGCGGAACUCAAGGAGGAGUUGGCACAAGCCAAGCUCCGAGAAUUCUCAGUACCGCGAUCAGACACGAGCAACGCGUCCAGUGCAGAAGAAUUUUCAUUCUUCUUUAGAGAUUCUAGCGCGUCAAGCAACUCGAGACAGGGCAGUGUCGAAAGCUCCAGGCCCAGAAAGAGACGUAGCCCAGGAGUAGAAAGCUGGGACAAUUCCCUGGAUGUGCUCCAGUUUGGCACGGGGCCGGGUAAUCAACAGAAUGCUUUGUUUAGCCAAGCACUCCAGAGAGACCAGAAUCAGCAAAGUGUCUCGAUGGCUUCAAUGGCCCAAUUUGGCGGAUUCGCGGAACAACAGUCGAUGUCGGGUUACCCGCAACUCUACAAUCAUGAACAGAUGGAGGGACAGCAUAACCAGAUGUCCUGGGGAACUGGGUAUCCUCCAAACCUUCAGCCUCGUCAGGGAAAUGGUAUGCCUUCAUGCCCGAAGUUCCCCGCGGCAUAUCAAGCCUCACACUGGAGUUUCUAAGCCGCAGGAUCCUACAGGUUCCUGUUACCAAGACCUUCGCCGGGUCGGAUUAUUGGUAUUAAUGGUAUAUCCAUUGGAUAUGUUUUCUGGCGAAUCAUAGCGAAGGGAUUUUACUUAAUUAUUUUCUUUUUUAUUAGGGAUUAGAUUGGAUGCCCAAGAGUAGAUUAAUGUAAUGAUAGCGACGAUAAUUAAUAAUAAUAAAUAAAAC